AUGUCGAGCGCGAACGGCAUCGAGAAGCUCGUCAGGCGGGCGUGCGAUGGGACGUCACCGAGCGUGGACGAGGACGCGAUGCGAGCGAUCAAGCGGGCGGCGAAGGCGGACGAUAACGCGCUAAAGUGCGCGCACGAGGCGCUGAUGCGAGUGAUGGCGUCGACGAGGAGCGGGGCGGCGACGCGGGCGCACGCGGUGACGGCGACGAGCGAGCUCUUCACCCGGUCGAGGUUGUUUCGAGAGCUCACGAUGGAUAAGCUGGAGAUCAUUAUGAAGCACGCGGUGGGAACUGACGACGAUUUCCCGCUCCCGGACGUUCCCAAGGGCGAGGCAGAUCGCUUGCGUCAACACGCCGUGAGCGUCUUGGACGAGUGGGAGCGCAAGUUUAAGAAUCAGUACAAGCAACUGACGCUGGCGCGGAAAUUCGUCACCGAACGCCUGGGCGAGGACGCCCCGGAGGUGCGAGCGGAGCGAGCGCGAGUGCUCGCGCUCGAAAAAGAGCGCCAGGUGCAGAGGAACCUACAGAGACAGUGGCUCUCGACGAAGGGUGAACUCCCGGCGUUGCUCCGCGAAGUUCGCGAAACGUUGCACGCCGCGGGAGAGUGCUUCUGCAUGCUUUUCGGCGACACGUUCGAGACAAGAUUCAAUCGUGAAGUCGAGAGGAAGGCGCACGCGCUCGAAGACGACGCGGACGAGACUUGGGAAGAUGUGGCGGACGGAGCAGCGGAUUGGCGCUUUGCGCAAGAAUUUGGCGAUGCCGACGAGUCCCCCGAGACGACUUCAACGACUGGCAUCGCGCUGAGAGAGACGGAUGAAAACGCUCCGAUCAUCGAGCAACUCCGUGGACUGUACCGCUCGACGAAGGCGCGAUAUCUCGCCUGUCUCACGGAGGUGCUUCAAAUUUUAGGCCACAUUCAACCCGAACAGAUAACCGACGACGGCGUCGUCGUCAUCUCCCAAGAUGAGCGUUUGAGCACGGUUAACGUCGUUGGGGAUUUAAAGCAGCUUCUCACUUCAUUCGUGGGGCGAUGUGAGACGCUGAGAUUGAUACGCAGUCGUGGCGGAGACGAGGGCGCGGACCCAAAUGCGAACACGUCAAGCAAACCCGAGCCGUCGGAACCCGUCGACGAUGGUGAGUCGCGUCGAGAUGCGUCGAAUGCGUCGGUCGGUGUCUUACUUGACCGCGCUGCGAAGCGUCAAAAACGGGGUGUCACGCAGUCUCGACGAGUGCGCGAGGCAAAGGCAAAACAAGAAAGCGAACGAGACAUCGGACGUCGCGCGCAGCAGAUGCUUGCAAGUCAAAUUCGAGCUCACAAUGACGAAGUUCUCGCGGAAGCCGGGCUUGAUUUCUUUGAAAUGGAGCGUCGAAAACAAAAUACCGCGUCGGAAGCGAAGGCAAACGAGAUAAUAGAGGAAGAAAUUGAACGGCGGGAAGCGCUCGAGGUACGCGGGAAGACGGCGCGUCAGCGAAUAGAGAAGAGCUUGAGGCAGCUACGCCGGCAGAAGAAUAGGAAAAUUUGA